AUAUAAUAAUAUUCACAGGAAAUAGCAGCGCCUUCUGGAAAAUUCGUCUCAAGAACCAGAGCAGCGGCGACGAUGGAUCGGCUGCAGCUGGUGCUGGUGGCGCUGCCUCUCUUCCUCUUCUGCUCCGAUAUCUUCAACCUCUUCGCUCCUCCUCCUCCUCCUCCUCCUCCCAAGCCCUCUUCCGCUCCUCGCCCUCGAUCUCCUCUCCCCAAUCUCCAUUCAAAUGGUCUCUCCCAUUCUAUUGUGACCGAAGCCAUCCCAAAGAAUCAGCAGAUCGGAGAUCUCGGCUAUGGCGUCACCGUCGACCUGAGGUUCUGCGCUUCCUGUUCGUACAGGGGAACUGCACUAACUAUGAAGAAGAUGCUGGAAACUUCUUUCCCAGGUAUUGAAGUUGUUCUUGAAAAUUAUCCGCCUCCCCUUCCUAAACGCCUUCUUAGCAAACUAGUACCUGUUGUCCAAUUUGGGGUUAUUGGAGUUGUGCUGGCAGGGGACCAGAUUUUCCCUAGGUUGGGAUUUAUGGCACCACCACCAUGGUACUUUAACUUGCGAGCAAAUAGAUUUGGUUCCAUUGCGACAACUUGGCUUCUGGGCAACUUUUUGCAGUCGUUCCUUCAAAGCUCUGGUGCUUUUGAAGUUUACUGCAAUGGGAACAUGGUUUUUCUCAAAACUGAAGGGAGCAUAGAUUCCCCAGUGAACUGGAAUUGCAAGACCUAAUCCGCAGGAGCUUGUCUACUCCCCAUAUUGCCAAGCCAACCAUUCCUGAAUAAACUGUUCUCCAUACUAUUUGUUUUGGCUGUGUUGUGUAGAUUAGAGAUAUGCAGAUGCCCUAUUAUAGGUUGGCGGACUAUAGCUGGACAAGUAACUAGAGAUGGGGGGAAAUAAAUAUUGAAUAAAAGUUUUAGGC